GUGUGCCACCUCUCACCGGUUCCGGGUAGCAGAAACGGAGCUUGUUCCUGGAGCUGCCUGUGUUUUGAAAGGAUAUCGAAACGCAUGAUCUUUUGUGUCAAAAACGUAAUUAUUGCUUAAAUAUUAAAACAUGGCGGUGAACACAGGCACAUCCCUGGUUCUGUCCAGUCUGUUCUCUGUGUUGGUGUUUGCUGGGAUGCAGAUGUUCAGCAGACAGCUGGGCUCUACAGAGUUGCUCACCAUCCUGGGAGGCUUCCUGGGCUCUGUCCUCUUCAUCUGCUCCCUCACUGCCUUCAGUAACCUGGAAAACCUCAUCUUCGGCAAGGGAUUCCAGGUCAAGAUCUUCCCAGAGAUCCUGGUGUGCCUGUGCCUCUCUCUGUUUGCCUCUGGGCUGGUGCACCGUGUGUGUGUCACCACAUGUCUGAUAUUCUCUCUGUUUGCCCUCUACUACAUCAACAAAGUGUCUGCUGCUCUGUACCAGGCAGCCGUUCCCACGGUAAUGCCAGCCAAGGCUCCCAGCAAGGGCAAGAAAAAGAACUAAGUCACUAAUUAGAUCAAACUUUCAUACCGUCAUCCAAUCAGCAUCCACUACAAUGGCUAACCAGGCAAGGGAGAAAUGGUGCAGGUUAGCCAAUGACAGCGUACCCCAGUUUCCUUUUUGUAGGUCGUGCCAACCAGCGUUCUUACAUAUUUUCCUUGACUUCUUAACUCUAUGAUCACUGAUCUCCAAGGACUGGACAUCUCUCAGCACUAUAGAUAGCCAGAGACCUACCCAGGCCAUCCAUAAACUGUUCUCAGCACUAUAGAUAGCAAGAGACCUACCCAGGCCAUCCAUAAACUGUUCUCAGCACUAUAGAUAGCAAGAGACCUACCCAGGCCAUCCAUACACUGUUCUCAGCAGUAUAGAUAGCCUGAGACCUACCCAGCCCAUCCAUACACUGUUCUCAGCACUAUAGAUAGCCCGAGACCUACCCAGCCCAUCCAUACACUGUUCUCAGCAGUAUAGAUAGCCCGAGACCUACCCAGCCCAUCCAUACACUGUUCUCAGCAGUAUAGAUAGCCCGAGACCUACCCAGCCCAUCCAUACACUGUUCUCAGCACUAUAGAUAGCCCGAGACCUACCCAGCCCAUCCAUACACUGUUCUCAGCACUAUAGAUAGCCCGAGACCUACCCAGCCCAUCCAUACACUGUUCUCAGCAGUAUAGAUAGCCCGAGACCUACCCAGCCCAUCCAUACACUGUUCUCAGCAGUAUAGAUAGCCCGAGACCUACCCAGCCCAUCCAUACACUGUUCUCAGCACUAUAGAUAGCAAGAGACCUACCCAGCCCAUCCAUACACUGUUCUCAGCACUAUAGAUAGCAAGAGACCUACCCAGGCCAUCCAUAAACUGUUCUCAGCACUAUAGAUAGCAAGAGACCUACCCAGGCCAUCCAUAAACUGUUCUCAGCACUAUAGAUAGCAAGAGACCUACCCAGGCCAUCCAUACACUGUUCUCAGCAGUAUAGAUAGCCUGAGACCUACCCAGCCCAUCCAUACACUGUUCUCAGCAGUAUAGAUAGCCCGAGACCUACCCAGCCCAUCCAUACACUGUUCUCAGCAGUAUAGAUAGCCCGAGACCUACCCAGCCCAUCCAUACACUGUUCUCAGCAGUAUAGAUAGCCCGAGACCUACCCAGCCCAUCCAUACACUGUUCUCAGCAGUAUAGAUAGCCCGAGACCUACCCAGCCCAUCCAUACACUGUUCUCAGCAGUAUAGAUAGCCCGAGACCUACCCAGCCCAUCCAUACACUGUUCUCAGCAGUAUAGAUAGCCCGAGACCUACCCAGCCCAUCCAUACACUGUUCUCAGCAGUAUAGAUAGCCCGAGACCUACCCAGCCCAUCCAUACACUGUUCUCAGCAGUAUAGAUAGCCCGAGACCUACCCAGCCCAUCCAUACACUGUUCUCAGCAGUAUAGAUAGCCCGAGACCUACCCAGCCCAUCCAUACACUGUUCUCAGCAGUAUAGAUAGCCCGAGACCUACCCAGCCCAUCCAUACACUGUUCUCAGCAGUCAUGAGGCCUUGGGUGAACAAAGGAAGCAGUUUGGGAUCUAGCCAGAGUCAUGUCUCUACAUUCCCCAAAUCAUCCCCAUGUACUCAGCACUUGUUUCAAACUGCUUGUCUACAGAUCCAUAUUUUUGAUUGACGUCCUUUUUGUUUUGGUAUGAAAACUUUGUUGUUAAUGAAUUUGUAAUUAAAACCCAUUGAAAAUAG